CAAAACAAAAAUCUCUCACUAAAACGUUCACAAUUUUCUUUCUCCAUAUAGUUUCUGUCAACUUUGAAACUACACCACUUCUUCAGCCAUGUCCGCCAUUGCUACUGCUGCUGCGCUUUCCAUUCCUACCUCUUUGUGUCGUUCAUCAAAGGUUAACACCAAAAAGGUUGUGAGGGGAGGCUUUGCAGUGUCAGCUAUCAUUGGGGAGGAAGGCGAGUUGGUUGGAAGAAAAAACCUGUGGACGACCAUUUUUGAAGUAGAAGAUCCGAGGUCUAAAGUCCCUCAUUGUAAAGGCAAGUUCUUGGACGUGUAUCAAGCUUUAGAAGUGGCUAGAUAUGAUAUACAGUACUGUGAUUGGAAGGCUCGGCAAGAUGUUCUUACAAUCAUGCUUUUGCACGAAAAGGUUGUGCAAGUAUUGAACCCGCUAGCCCGUGAAUACAAAUCGAUUGGAACCCUGAAGAAGGAACUUGCAGAGUUGCAAGAAGAGCUGGCAGUAGCUCACAAUCAGGUACAUAUUUCAGAAGCAAGGAUUAGCACUGCUUUGGACAAGCUAGCUUACAUGGAAACUUUGGUCAAUGAUAGGCUAUUGCAAGACAGUAACACGAUGGAAUCUAACGUGUCAACCCCUACCCCGAGCACUUCAACAGAAUUUCUUGACACUGUCAAAAGCAGGCAGCCGAGAAGGAGCCUCAAUGUGUCCGGUCCUGUCCAACCUUACCAUGCCCGUUUGAAGAAUUUUUGGUACCCUGUUGCUUUUUCUGCAGAUCUGAAGGAUGAUACCAUGGUUCCAAUAGAUUGCUUCGAGGAACCUUGGGUCAUCUUUCGUGGGAAGGAUGGAAAACCUGGAUGUGUACAGAAUACUUGCGCUCAUAGGGCCUGCCCACUUCAUCUGGGUUCAAUAAACGAGGGUCGCAUCCAGUGUCCUUAUCAUGGAUGGGAAUACUCGAUUGAUGGAAAAUGCGAGAAAAUGCCAUCAACUAGAUUACUUAAUGUAAAAAUCAGAGCAUUACCGUGCUUUGAGCAGGAGGGAAUGAUAUGGAUUUGGCCAGGAGAUGAUCCGCCUACAGCUAACCUUCCUUCUUUACUGCCUCCUUCGGGAUUUCAAAUACAUGCUGAGAUCGUGAUGGAACUCCCAGUGGAACAUGGAUUACUUCUGGACAACCUUUUGGAUCUUGCCCAUGCUCCUUUUACCCACACUUCGACUUUUGCUAAGGGAUGGAGCGUUCCCAGCUUGGUGAAAUUUUUGACUCCUGCAUCCGGUCUACAAGGAUACUGGGAUCCCUAUCCAAUAGAUAUGGAAUUUAGACCACCUUGUAUGGUAUUAUCAACAAUUGGGAUCUCAAAACCUGGGAAAUUAGAAGGGCAAAAUACUAAAGAGUGUUCAACUCAUCUUCACCAACUUCAUGUUUGCUUACCUUCAUCAAGACAGAAGACGAGGCUAUUGUACAGAAUGUCGCUCGACUUUGCUCCUGUAUUAAAGCACGUUCCUUUCAUUCAAUACCUAUGGAGACAUUUCGCUGAAAAGGUUUUGAACGAGGAUCUGAGGCUUGUUCUUGGUCAGCAGGAGCGCAUGCUCAACGGUGCAAAUGUUUGGAAUUGGCCAGUGUCCUAUGAUAAGCUGGGAGUAAGAUACAGGUUAUGGAGAGAUGCAAUCGAGCAAGGAUCUAAAAGAUUACCCUUCGAAAAAUCAGCUUAAAAUUCGUCCAAGUAGAUUCUAUUAGUUCUUCUAUUGCUCCUUCACACAACAUAAGCUCCUGUGCAUUUCUGCUAUUCGGAAUUCCCUUGUUAGGAAGUUGCCGACUGGAGUGUCUGGAGAACUUUGAUCGACCCAAGUGGAAGGAAGAUGGUCUCAACACACACCCCUUGUAAAAAGAUGACUGUACACUUCCAUUUUUUUGUGUACAUUUUUGAACGAAUCUACCCUCCUGCCUGUCCUUAGUUCCCCUGUUACCCUUGCUGAAGCCACAGGGGUUACUUUCGUCUUUUACCCUAUCAUCGAAAUGUUUGACGUUGUCAUCCUAUUCUUUAAUAUAGAUGAAGGUUUGAAUCUGA